CGACCGAUCAUGCCACAUUGUUGUCUCUGACUCAACGACAAUCCGAACAACCACCACGCAAUGUCGACUUUCGGGGACUACUUCCGGGUCACCACCUAUGGCGAGUCGCACUGCCGCUCCGUCGGCUGCAUUGUCGACGGCUGCCCGCCCGGCAUGGAGCUCACCGAGGACGACAUCCAGCCGCAGAUGACGCGCCGCCGCCCCGGCCAGAGCAACAUCACCACGCCCCGCAACGAAAAGGACCGCGUGCUGAUCCAGUCGGGCACCGAGUUCGGCGUCACGCUGGGCACCCCCAUCGGCAUGAUGGUCCUCAACGAAGACCAGCGCCCCAAGGACUACGGAAACUCGACCAUGGACAGGUUCCCCCGCCCCAGCCACGCCGACUGGACCUACCUCGAAAAGUACGGUGUCAAGGCCAGCAGCGGCGGCGGCCGCAGCAGCGCGCGCGAGACGAUUGGCCGCGUGGCCGCUGGCUCCAUCGCCGAGAAGUACCUGCGCCUGGCCUACGGCGUCGAGAUUGUCGCCUUCACCACCUCGGUCGGCGCCGUCCACCUGUUCCCGCCCACCGCCGAGCACCCGAGCCCGAGCACGAACCCCGCCUUCCUGUCGCUGGUCGAGUCCAUCGACCGCAAGACGGUCGACAGCUUCCUGCCCGUGCGCUGCCCCGACGCGGCCGCAUCCACCAAGAUGGUCGAGUACAUCUCCGACUUCAAGGAGCGCAACGAUAGCAUCGGCGGCACAGUGACGUGCGUCAUCCGCAACGCCCCGAGCGGCCUGGGCGAGCCGUGCUUCGACAAGCUCGAGGCCAUGCUGGCACACGCCAUGCUGAGCAUCCCCGCCACCAAGGGCUUCGAGAUCGGCUCGGGCUUCGCGGGGUGCGAGGUGCCGGGGUCGACGCACAACGACCCGUUCGUGUCGUCCACGGCAGAGCUGCCGUCGGGCGUGGCCGAGAGCGGCGCCGCGCGCACCGGGCACCCGCGGCCCAAGCUGACGACCAAGACCAACUUCUCGGGCGGCAUCCAGGGCGGCAUCUCCAACGGCGCGCCCAUCUACUUCCGCGUCGCCUUCAAGCCGGCGGCCACGAUCGGCCAGGAGCAGACGACGGCUACGUACGACGGGUCGGCCGAGGGGAUCCUCGCCGCCAAGGGCCGCCACGACCCGUGCGUGGUGCCGCGCGCCAUCCCCAUCGUCGAGGCCAUGGCCGCGCUGGUCGUCAUGGACGCCGUGCUCGCCCAGCAGGCCCGCCACACGGCCAAGAGCCUGCUGCCGCCGCUGCAGCAGACGCUGGCGUCGGCCAAGCCGGCGGGGAACGGCGUGACAGAGGAUGCGGGGAGCCUGUGACGCGUGUGAUGCGAUAGAUAAAAGUAAUAGAUGCUUGAUACCCGUGCCUGUGUCUGAUGUGCCCGUGUCUGACUGAGUGUCUAUGUGAUGUGUCUGAUGUGUUGACAGGACGUCUGGAAAACAACAUGUCAAAGAGUCUUGCGCCUUGCAGGGAGUGGAAAAAAGAACAAGCAGGUAGACUCGAAGUGAAUGAAAGGAGAACAAGGAAGUGAAGAGAUUUGGAGAGAAAGAAGGCGUUAGAGAGAGAAAGAAGGUGUUAGAGAGAGAAAGAAGGCGUUAGAGAGAGAAAGAAGGCGUUAGAGAGAGAAAGAAGGC